GUUUGCAUUGCUGUUUGGAUUAUGUAUUAGGAUUCUCCAGAGCAGCAGAACCAAGAGAGUAGACAGAUACAUGUAAAUAGGUUCUUCAACUUACUGGAUGAGGCCCAGCCACACCACGGAGACUGAUCUACUUAAAGUCAGUUUACUGUAAAUGUAAUAACAUGUAAAUAUUUUCAUAGCAACGUUUAGACCACCAAACAACUGAGCACCAGAGCCCAGCCAAGUUGAACACAGAAAAUCAACCAUCACUCAUGGUUUCCAGUAAUUAUCUGUAGGAAUCGCCAUGACCCCAGCUCUGAGGGAGGCAGCAACAAAGCGUGUCUACUUUUCAUCUUUGCCAAGUACCAUGGAGUCUGACAAGAUGCUAUGCAUGGAAAAUCCAAGAACUGUCGAUGAACAGCUAAAAGGAGACACUUUCUCUCAGAUGCUGGGAUUUCCAACUCCAGAACCUACUCUUAAUACGAACUUUGUGAACUUAAAACAUUUUGGCUCCCCUCAGUCUUCCAAACAUUAUCAGACAGUUCUUUUAAUGAGUUCUAAUUCUACAUUAAAUAAAUAUGAUGAGAAUUAUAACCAAAAUAAAUUGGGGGAUACCAAUUGUAAUAAGCUGAAAAAAAUACUGUGUAAUGGCAGUAAUAUUCACCUCAGUAAAAUCUGUCAUGCUCAUUCAGAAGAGUCCAUCAUAAAGGAACCUCUGUCAGAUACCACAAGCCAGUGCAUGACAGAUGUACAAAUUAUUUUGGAUUCAAGUAUAACCAAAGACACUAAUGUAGAUAAAGUACAAUUGCACAACUGUAAAUGGUACCAAAAGAGUGCACUUUGGGAUAAAGUCACUGAUGCUGAGAUUAAACAGGGUUUAUUACACUUUGCUCAAAAGAAACUUGGACCUGGCCACUCAGAUGUACCUAUUAGUUCCUCAGCUGCUGAACAAGAGGAGGAGGUGAAUGCUCGUUUACUCCAUUGUGUAAGCAAACAGAAAGUUUUACUCAGCCAGGCUAGAAGAACUCAGAAACAUCUACAGAUGCUCCUGGCAAAGCACGUGGUUAAACACUAUGGUCAGCAAAUUAAUUUUUCUAUGAAGCAUCAGCUCCCCCAAAUGAAGAUCUUUCAUGAACCUACCACAAUCUUGGAUAACAAUUUACCUAAAUGUACUGAAAUUAAGCCAGGAGGCAACAUACUGCCUGCAGAGAAUACAUUGUGGGAUGAUACAAACAAUGGCUUUGCCCGAUGUUCAGCUGCAGAAAUCCAAAGAUUUGCACUGUCUGCUACAGGGCUGUUAUCUCAUGUUGAAGAAGGACUCGAUUCUGAUGCAACUGAUAGCAGCUCUGAUGACGAUUUGGAUGCAUGUACCAUCAGAAAGAAUGUGGCAGUUAACUGGAGUACUGAAUGGAAGUGGCUUGUAGACAGAGCAAGAAUUGGCAGCCGAUGGACUUGGCUUCAAGCCCAGAUUUCAGAGCUAGAAUACAAAAUCCAACAACUAACGGAUGUCCACAGACAGAUUCGUGCCUCCAAGGAGACUGUGAUUCUAGAAGAAUGUCAACUUCCAAAAGAAAUUUUGAAGAAACAAAUAAUAUGUGCAGACCAAGCAACUUCAUUAAACACUACAGGGACUUCGCAGGUCUCACAAGACAGUCAAGAGCCUUCACCAGAACAUGAUUUUGAAAUGUCACCUAGUAGCCCUACACUACUUCUCCGAAAUAUAGAAAAGCAGAGUGCACAGUUGACUGAGAUCAUCAACAGUUUGAUUGCACCACUCAACUUAUCCCCAAAUUCGUCACCCCUCUCCUCCAAAUCCUUUAGUCAUAAGUGUGUGGCUAACGGUAUUUCCAGGAGUACUUCAGAGAAUUUAGAUGAGCUCUCUCCCUCCAGUACCUGGCUCGUUCACCAGAAGCACAGUAAGAAGAAAAGAAAAGACCGAACAAGAUUGAAAUCUCCACCCUUGACUGCCAUGAGCACAGCAGCCAGAACAAGGCCACUUCAGAGCUUCCACAAACGAAAACUCUACCGAUUGAGCCCGACAUUUUAUUGGACUCAAAGUUUGCCUUCAAAAGAAACAGCAGCUUCAACGUGGAGUGGCUGUGAACACAACUCAAAGUCACAGCCAUUAAAAGAACAUGCACCAGAAUUAGACUCUUCUUUCCACUCUGUUCUAUCGUUGCCUUCAGAUGUGCCUCUUCAUUUUCACCUUGGAACAUUGUUAAAAAAGAAUGAAAUAAAAGGAGAUCUUGCUGAAAAUAAAUGUGUAGGAGAGUGUGUCAUAUCGCCAUCAUCUGUACAUAGUACUUCACUGCACCAAUGGAGAAAUGGAUAUUCAUCUAUAUGUAAGCCUCAAAUAAGAUCAGACUGUUCUGCACAACUGUUACAGGGAAGAAAGAAAAGACAUUUGAGUGAAACAGCAUUAGGAGAAAGAACUAAGUUUGAAGACAUUGCUUUUCAACACACAGAAGCAGGAUCCCAUGGCAAUUUUGGUGCUGUUACUAAUGUCAAUGUUAUGUCAAGAACCCAAAAUUCAUCUUCACAGACGACUGCAAGGCGGAGACUGAGAAGUGAGAGCUCUUAUGACAUUGACAACAUUGUAAUCCCCAUGUCAUUAGUGGCCCCAGCUAAGUUAGAGAAACUCCAAUACAAGGAAAUACUUACUCCAAGCUGGAGGAUGGUGGUUCUUCAGCCUUUGGAGAACUAUAAUUUAGGUGAAGAAGAGAUAGAAGAUCUUUCUGACGAAGUCUUCUCCCAAAGACACACAGCACAUGAAGAGAAAGAGCAAGCCAGGUGGUCACUGUGGGAGCAGAGCAAGUGGCACAGAAGAAAUAGCAGAGCUUUCAGUAAAACUGCUGAAGGGCAGGACUUCCUUUGGAAAGAAGACAGUGACUUCAGUAGUGGACCGCACUGCGCUACUCAAAGCCCUCCUGCACUUCCCUUGGAAAGUCGUGAGCCCUGUGCACACAGUUCCCCUUUCCUCAAUGAAAGUCAGGAAACCAAACCUUCAUGGUGGGAACGAAGGGUUUUUCCACUGAAGGACGAAGAUUCAGCAGCCUUAUUGUGCCAAGAUGAGAAAAAGGACCAGAUGGAAAGGUCUGGCACGACUUUCCAUGGGGAAAUCUUCUACACCAAUGCAGAGAACGGCCACUGUGCAAAGCAGCCAUCAGAUGAAACGGAAGACUAUAGAGUGUUUGGUUUAAGACUCAAUGUUAAACAAAAUAGGUGACAGAGAACAGGCUGGUUAAGAAAACUAUGUAACUGAAGAGAAAACAGCAUUAAACAAAAGUCCUGUUCUUGACCCUUCAUGCCUCCUAAUCAUAACUCCAGAAUAAGAGCAUGUACUGCAUGUACUAUUUUUAUGCCGUUUAUGAAACAAGCACGAUAAACCUUGUUUUCCUUCUUUAACCACGGGAAAAACUAACUAUCUGUAUACAAGUUCUAGUCAUUUGCAUUUAAUCAAGCAAAUAACUAGCACCAAGAAAUCAACAGCUGCAAUUUGAAGUCAAGUAACAUUACUAGGUAAAUAAUUUUUAAGAUAACACACACACGUGUGUCAACUGACAGCUAUUCUUUUUUCCUGUACACAUGGGAAUUAAAAUCAUCUUCAAAAUAUACUAGCAUGGACAUGUGUAUAGCAUACACACAUAUAUAUACUCAUGCACAUCUGUAUUUUUGAAAGCCACUGGCAAUAACCCAAACCACUUGAAAACGCAUGUAUGAGUUACACAUGAAAUGUAAGCUGCAUUGUACAUUAAAAACUACAGGUUUCCAGUGGCAUCUGCAAGUCUUGACCAUGGAGGAGGGAGGUUGUUUAAAGGAAAAGCGUUUACCAAAAGCUGGUCGUUUAUGGAAAUUCCUAUAACCAGAUGGUACAAUACUCAUUUAUUUGAAAGUACUGAUUUCUGUUGGACUAAUCACAGGCUAGUUUCUAUUCACUCUUAACAUUAUAAAACAAGCAAAGUAGAAUUACAUGCUGAUGCAACUCUGAGUUUUAUCUACUUUAUUAGACCCCUCUCUCACUGUGUUCUGAAGACACUAAUUUAAAGCAACCAACAAAUAGGAAGUCAUAGAACGAAAGCAACUUAAAAUAUAUUGUUAUCAUGAGCUAUUUGUUAAGUCCUUGCCAUAUUAAACAUCUAUUCUGACUUGCAUUCUAGAGUGAGACAGAAAAAUUCUCGAAGGAUACUGAAGCAUUUAUAUUGGAAAAAUUCUUUCUGGAGCUGGUACAUUAAAAAAAUAAGUUGACAUUUAUAUGAAUCAUUUUUUAUGUUAAAAAAGAUAGGUUAUUCAAGUUGUUGAACCCAUUUAACUGACCAUCCUGGCCAGAUGACAUAACCUAUAUGGGAUCUGACAUUUUCUGUUAGGAAUUAGACAUUCUACUGGUUCCUUCAAAGGGAAAAAUAUUCAAAUUUCAAUACUGACAAAACUUCUUAUAGUUUUAUUGUACACUUGUUUUUUAAGGAGAAAACAAAAGCCAGGCAAACUUAAAUCUUUCUGUCAUGUCUGAGAUUAUAAUCUUCUAUGUAAGUUUUUUAAUUAAAAGUUAUUUCUAUAUA